UCAUCUUCCCCACGCCCCCUCCCAUGUCAGUGUCACGUGACCUCUGUGAGUCCAGUGCCAUGGUUAGACCGGGGGUUGGAUCUGUUGGGAUUAGCCUACACAGUCAACUCACUGACAACACCAUGUUCAUCUAUGGCCACAUUCUGCAAACACGAAGGUACCCAGGGUGUAAAUCCACUGUUUAGUUAGCAGCUUUGUGUGACACAGACACACAUCAGGGUCCUUUCUUCCUCUUACUAUGGCUUCCCUGGAGGAAGAGCUGACCUGCUCUGUGUGCCGGGACAUCUUCAGCCAAGCCCACCCCCUGCCCUGUGGUCACAGCUUCUGCCCCGCCUGCAUUCGUGAGGCCUGGAGCAGCCAGGGUGAGGGUAAGGUUCGUUUUACCUGUCCCCAGUGCCAGGAGGAACAUGGUGAAGUAUUGUGUGACUGCUGUCCCCCCGAGGCAGAGGAAGGGCAGCCACCAUUGGCCAUCAAGACCUGCCUGAGGUGUGAGGUGUCGCUGUGUGCCAAACACCUCCAGCCCCAUCUGGAAAGGCCAGCAUUUAGCACCCAUUUGUUGGUGGAUCCUCUGGGGGACCUCUCCCAGCGAAGGUGUCCAACACACACAGAGAUAUUCCGCUACUACUGUGCUGAUGAGAGGGUGUAUGUGUGUGGUGACUGUCUGUUGGAGGGAGGCCAUGUUCAGCACAAAGUGAAAGCGCUGAGACAAGUGGAAGAUGAUCUGAAGGUCAUUCUCCAGACGCUGCUCAGGAAAGCAGAGGAGAAGUUGAAAGAUGGAGACCGAAUCCUCAAAGAGUAUGAGAAUAUUGAUUCCACUAUGGCUGACUCUCUAAAAAAGGACAACACCCAGGUGGAGCGGCUGGGUUCAGACCUGCAGGUUCAGGUGACAAAACUGGUGGUGGCCCUGAGGGAGCUCACCAGGAGAGAGAGACAGCAGGUCAUUGAUCGUGUCCAUGAGGACUGCUCCAAGGUGAGGGACAACGUGAGCCAGACGCUGAGCAUCCAGCACUACCUUGCCUCACUGCUGGCAGAAACCGAUCCCUUUCUGCUUAUCUGGGCCUUUCAAUCAGAUGACACAAAGUUACUAGCCGACCUGAACAGCCCACUUUUCAUCCCUGAUGCCAUCAGCCUAGACAGGAAGCAUAUCCUGGAGGAUAUAGAGAGCAAGUAUCGAGAAUUCAUCACAGUCACCCUCCGCUGCCUCAGCGAACUUAAGAGGGAGCUCUUAACCAGUCCUUUGACUCUGGACACAAACACUGCUCAUCCUCUCUUGAGCAUCUCUGAUGACCUUCGCUCAGUGAUGCGGGUUAAAAGCCGGCUGCCCUGCGCCGCUCACCCCGAACGUUUCGACCACUGGCCGCAGGUUCUCACUGCUCAGACCUUCUCCUCUGGGACUCAUUACUGGGAGCUGGAGGCUGAGGGAUUCUGGGAUAUUGGUGUCUGCUAUAGAAGCAUUGGGCGGAAGGGGAAAGAUGGCAACGCCUUUGGGAACAACAAGGUAUCAUGGAGCUUGACACAGCAGCAUGACAGGAAGCUGGCUGCCUGGCACAACCGCAGAAAGACUCGCCUAACAUACCAAAUGACUAGCAACCGUGUUGCUGUAGCUGUGGACUACAGCGCAGGCACCAUCACCUUCUCUGAGGUGGGACUGUCUGGCAAUCUGACCCACCUCCACACUUUCUCCACCAUGUUCACUCAGCCACUGUGCUUGGGCUUUGGACUCUACAAAGCAGAACUCAACAGCAGCAUUUCUAUUGUCAAAGUCUGAGGUGAAGGAAAGGGAGAGGAGGCCCGUGAGGAUAACUCUGUUGGCAGUUGUGCUGGUUUGAUUUAGAUAAAGCCAUUCCAAGACAGUUUAAAGUUGAUUAAUUCCCCAUGUUUAGAACCACACAACUCUGUGCUGAAACUUUUUCUAACUGGGACUUUUUUAGCUGAGCUUGUCUUCCAGAGACAUAUCACUCAGAAUUGUGAUCAGGUGAUACUGACAUGCAAAUUAUUUCCAACACAGAAUAAUGACAGUCGAGCACUGAUACAUGAAUAUGAGUAGAUUUUGAUGGGAGAGAAAAUGAGGACUUUUGAAAAAGGACAGAAAUAGAAUUUUCAAGAUUGCAAGAUAUCAUGCUCUUUUCAUUCUACAGCGAUUGAAAAAUGGAAGUGACUGACAACUAAAAAAACACCCAGUUGCUCAGUUUAUUAGAUAGACCUAGCUAAAACUAAUGCAGUCUAAAACAACAGCCCGUAAAUAAACCAUACAAUCAUGAGGGUUAUAUUUAAAGAGGUUUUUUAUUCACGUCAAGGUCAUUUUGGAGGCUCUACUUCAUGGUGCUGUCGACCUGUAUUGCAUCAGGAGAUGUUUUGAAUAUUUAGUCAACCCUCACUGAUAGAAAAUGGGCGCUGUGUUUUUGGAGCUGUGCACAGGCCUCUCUCUGUUUGACCAAAAGUUAAAUUUGGUUAAUUAGUUUGAUUUAUCUUGUUGUUUUAUGAAUAGCUUUGCCUAUAUAUUCUUCAUCAGGCUGGUGAAGAAUGUAUAAUCCAGCCUCAUAUCUGCUACAGAGUCUAUUAAAAGUAGUUACACGUUGAACGAGCAUUGGAGCUGCAAACGUUUUCAUUCACAUGAAGGUGCACAAGCAACCUUGAUCUUUUUAAACUCGGUUUGAAGACACAAAAGAAGGAAUCACUGAUUUGAUUGGAUAUUGAAGAAAAAAGGGAAAACAACUGCCACUCACUUGCUAACUGUACUCUUUGAAGUGUCUCAGAUACCCAAUUAUCCUCCCAUUUUCUUUAUUUCGCUGUAAAGGUGAGUGGGUGGAUGGAACAUAGAGGGUGAGAAAGAAGCAGACGGAAAGGGGGGUGGCUGAAAGAGAGAGAAAGCAAGCCACACAGGGAGAGAGACAGAGGGAUUAGAGCGUACUCUGGCUUAGUUACACUCACACUGGCUGCUGUUCUCGGAAUAAUGUGAUAGAGGAGCAAGAGAACAAGGAUUUUUGACCAUAAUCAGGUGAUUCAGCUGGGACUGUUUUUGCCUGACAUGGACUACAAGAUUGUUCAGAUGGAAACAGCUACUUCUCUUCUGCCUUCCUGUCGUAUUUUUUGCUGAAGAAAUCAACUUGAAAAUACCAAGGGGUUUUUUGGUGACUGUCAUUCUGGCCCCUACUGACACAGCACAUCGGACACUGGAGAGAUUUGGGAUUUGUGGGGGCAGACAAGAAAACCAGAGAGAAAAACAGAAAGUCUAUGAUUGACAGCUAUGGCCAAUGAACCAUUCUGAAUUUCAUCUGAAUAUGACUUCAUUUUGAGACACAUCUGCUGGUUUCAUUGCUACCUUAGUGCACACUGGUUGUACCAGCAAAAACUACAUAGAGGACAAAGUCAGAAUAGAUUUUUUCUCUCUCUCUCUUUUAAUCCAACCAACUCUGAACUCUGAGAGAGGUUUGGAAAAUUUCCAAAAGGACAAUUUCUUUCACCAUAGCAUGUUUAUUUACUCUUCAAAUUGUCCAAAGUGACACUUCUUCCUAUCAGAAUUAA